AUGCAACGAAGAAGAACCCAAAAAAUAUUAUCUAUGAUCCCCCCUGAGAGUAGUGGGAGUUCUGGAAACGAAUCUAGUGAUGAAAAUGUAGAUUAUGCCUCAAAUUAUGAUUCUUCUUCUUUAUCGUCGAACGCUGAUGAAAAUGAGUUAGAUUUACUUUUAAAAGAUUUUGAAUUGAAUCCAAUUGAUGAAGUUACUAGAGAAUUUUUUGGUAGUAUUGAUGAAAAUAUAAUUGAAGAAGAAAUUUCAACCACUAAUUUUUCACCAACUUUCGGGCUAGAUAUUUUGAUGCCAAGUACAUCUCGCACUUCUCCAUUACCUGAAGCUGAAUUUAUUUCCCCACAGCCAAGUACAUCUGCAGUCAUGUCUAGUAAAUCUAAACAAUCGUGUAUUAGAACUUCAAAACGAAUUUUAAACUAUAAUGUAAGAACUCCACCCAUUCCUUUACCUUCACCACAACCCUCUCCAUUACCUGAAGCUCAGUUUGUUUCUUCAAGGUCCUCAAGAAAUUAUAAAGUAGAACAUAUGCAAUUUAAAUGGAAAAGUGAAAAACAAUUUAAUUUUGGCGUUGAAAUUCCAAAUUACGAAUUUCAUACUAAUAAUAAAGAAGUGUUGACUCCUUAUGCGUAUUUCAAACGAUUUUUUUCUGAUGAUAUCUUUGAUUUAAUCGUGCAAGAAAAGCUAUCCGAUUUUCUCGCAGUUCAAUUAUGGAUGGGUGUAAAUAAACUUCCGGCCUACACAGACUAUUGGUCAAAUUUGAUGGGAGUUCCUAAAGUACAAGAUAUUAUGCCUCUUAAAAAGUAUCAAAAAAUAUUACGGUCUCUUCAUUUUCAAAACAAUGAUGAAUGUGACCCCAACGAUAGAUUUUAUAAAAUUCGGCCAUUUCUUAAUAAAAUACGUCAUAAUUGUUUAAAUCAAGAAGAAGGAAAAGAAGGAACCCGUUAUUCAAUUGAUGAAAUGAUGAUUCCCUAUAAAGGAACCAAAGCUGGUUCACGUAGGCAAUAUAUUAAGUCCAAGCCCAAAAAAUGGGGCUUUAAGUUUUUUAUAAGGGCUGGAAUUAAUGGUCAAGUAUUUGACAUAUUGCCAUAUGGUGGAGAAAGCACAUUUACUGAUACUCAAUUUAGUGAAUAUGAAAACAAAUAUUUUGGUUUGGGUGGAAAGGUAAUUUUAGCUCUAGCUUCCACGAUACCAAGAAAACCUCUUUCAGUUAUAUACUAUGACAACUUUUUCACAUCACCGGAACUUAUUUAUCACUUAAGAAAAAAGUAUGGUAUUCUUAGUUUAGGAACAGUACAGCAAAACCGCCUGAGAAAUUGUCCACUAUUAGAUGAAAAAAUGUUUAAAAAAAAAGGUAGAGGAAGUUACUCUGCAAAAUGUGAUAAAAAAAAAAAUUUCAUGGUUGUCAAAUGGUUUGACAAUAAAUCUGUUUGUUUGGCAAGUAGUUAUGUAGGAGUGCAUCCAUUGUCAACUACAAGAAGAUAUAAUAAAACUACAAAGUCUAGAGUAGAUGUGUCUAUGCCUCAAAUUGUCAAACAUUAUAAUUCGCACAUGGGUGUUGUUGACCUCGCUGAUAUGCUUAUUGCAAUUUAUCGCACGAACAUGAAAACACAUAAGUG